GCGCCUGACAGUUCCGCUGCAGACCCAGCCUGUCAAACCCAGCGCAUAGGUAAUGUAGGCUCAAAGGUUACGGGACUGAUCGAAUCGGGCGGUACCGAAGGAAUUAUUAUCCAGCACAACGAUACAGCAUUUGUUUCACAAUGGACUCAUUCAGACGGUUUCAGGAUGACGACUAUAAAAACUGGAUUAAAACGACCAUGGGUCUGAAUUGUCUUAAAACGCGACUAGGAGGAUUCCUGGAACACGAAACCGAAACGUACCACGAUCAACUCCGAAACAAAGUGAACGCAAACAAAGGCGAUCUAUGUACAACACAAUGUAACCUGAAGAAAUGGAUGCCCAAGGCAAAGCAGGUUCCUCAAGUGUGUGAAGUGUGCGAGCCAUGGAGAGAUGAGAUCUGGGCCAACCAUUCAUGUAAAGGCGGACAGGUCUACUGGAGUAACUCCAAGCCGUACCUGUGGCCUACGAAAAAAUGGGAGGUAGCCAAGGUCUACAUGCCCCGUGGAAAUAUGGACCACACCGCUGUGGACCAAUUUGACAUCUCGGCCUUCCUCAAUCUCAUGACCCAAUGCAGCUACUUUGCCAAGUUUGUGAAGUCCAAAACUCUUAUCACACAGGUGACCAACGUGAGGAACCAGGUGAUGCACUCGGCUGACUUCCGGGUGGAGAAGAGGGAGUUAGAAUCUUACCUAGGGCGAAUCAAAGACCUGGGCCAGGCUCUGAAAACACACUACCCCAAAUUCAGUGAGCUGACAGAGGAGAUCGAACAGCUCCAGAAUACAGACUUCAGUUUUAUCAUGAGCUGUGUUGGGAAGAAGAUUGCACUUGCGGCAGAUAAGGUCCCAGAGAGCAUGCUGAAACUCCAGAACUUUCUGAGUCUGGAACAACAGAUACUGAAGGAGAAGUUGGAGUGUCUGUCCCAACGCUAUGAAGAGGACAGAGAGACAGCCCUUACUCUGGAGGAGUUGCAGUGUGUGAGGGUGUUUCUGGAGGGGAACAAUGACCUGCAGGAGAGCCUGGCGCCACAGUGGGAGAGACUGACAGAGGUGCAGGAAAGAGUGGACACACUCACCGUCAGAGUGGACACACUGGAGAGGAACACACGCACACACGAUCCUGAGUUCAGUGCUGACAUCCUCAAAUAUAAGAACCAUCUGUAUGAGGAGGCCAGGAGGCAAGGGUGGCCUGAGCCUGUCUUCUCAGAGAUAAAGGAAGCCCUCGGUUACAGGGGUCGUGUGCAGGUGAGAGGUCAGACAUUUGAAGGUGUUCAGGUGUGCCCAAAGUCGAAGACCGCGCACCAGGAAGUGGCUAAACUGGCCCUGAGCCAGCUAGCCAAGGACAGUGUUAGCCUGAGUGAGCUAGCCAAUGACACAGAGGAGGGAGAGGCAUCCAGUAGCCAGACGGACCAACCACAAAGCCUCUCAUGCACAGGCCCCGUGUUCUUUGGUAGUGUCACUGUGGUCCUUAAAACUGACAUCACCUCUGGAGAGGGGCAUUCUGGAAUGACAGAGGCUGUUCAGUCUGCCUACAAGAAACUAGCUCUCCUGUUGGAUCUACCAGAAUCAGCUUCCUCCUAUAAGGAUGUGGUCCUGGAGCACUGUCAUACGCGGGAUGUCCCACCCCCAGAGGAGGCUGUCCAAUCUGAUGCAGAGGAGAAGACCUACCAAUGCACUCUUCGAUUCACUGGACCAAUCACCUUCUAUGUCCCAGAGGGUUCCAGCAAAAAGAAACAGGCAUGUCAGCAGGCAGCUAAAGUGGCCCUCCAGCGGCUGUCCGGAGUCCUCGGCAGUAAGGAAGUGGUGGGAGGGAACUACGUGAGCAACCUGAAAGAGCUGCUGGAGGCUCAGACCCCACAACUGGACAAGCCUGCGUAUGAUGUCACAGACAGAGGAAGGGGAGCGGGGAGGUCACUGAGAGGGGGGGAGUGGAGGAACGUGGAGGGGUGA